AUGGAUGUUGAAAAGUAUUUGGCACGUAUCGGCUGUUCGGGACCAUGUCCUCCGACACUGGAGACGUUGCGAUACGUUCACCUGAAUCACUUAAUGACAGUUCCCUUUGAGAAUCUCACCAUUCAUAUCGGAGAGCGGGUCAGACUCGAGUUGCCACUUUUAUAUGAAAAAAUCGUCCUCAUGCGCCGUGGAGGAUUCUGCUAUGAGAAUAAUGGGCUCUUCUCGUGGCUUCUGUCUCAGAUGGGCUUCGACCUGACUAUUCUCUCCGCACAGGUCAGGAAUCAGUUCACCGGUGCUUACGGACCUCCGUUUGACCACUUCAUCAUGAUGGUCAAGCUGGAUGGACACAGAUGGCUCUGUGAUGUAGGGUUUGGAUCCGGAUUCCAGCUCCCUCUCUCUCUUGAGACCGACGGUCCUCAAGUCCAGAGCCACGGAGUGUAUCGCCUCAGAUCUCAGGGGAACUUAAUUUUCAUGGAAAUGAAAUCUGUGACUGAAGUAUCAGGGGUUGGAGAAGAAUGUUGGACGGGACUGUACAAAUUCACUCUGGAGCCACGUGAAAGAGAUGAUUUCAGAGCCAUGUGUGGUUACCAUCAGAGUUCUGCUAGCUCGAUUUUCUUCUGCAAGUCUCUCUGUUCACUCUUACUGCCCACUGGAAGAAUCACAAUCAUGGGCCGCAGAUUGAUUAUAACCAGUCUGUCCUCGGUGGAUGGACAACAAGCUACAAAAACCACAACAGAUCUUUCAGAUGAAGAAAUCACAGAGCUGUUGAGAGAAAAGUUUGGGAUUGUUCUUCAUUCUCCACUGACUCCAAAAGAUGUUGAGAUUAUACCACCACCAGUUACUUACUGAUUGUUUGUUAAGUCUCUCUUGCUUUUUAAGUAUGUCUAUAGAUUUUUUCUUCUCUCCAUUAAACACACAAGGCAGAAAUAUUAAAUUACAAAUUAAAUUACUUUGUACUCUUGUAUAUAUGCUAUUACUCAGGCCAUGAAUGUAAUUGUAAUUAUUUAUAGGUCUAUGUAGAUUAAGCUGUUAGCUUUGAAGUGCCUUUUCCAAUUAGUAAAAUGAUUUUAAGUACAUUUAUCUUUAAGCAUCAGGCAAAUUAUGUAUUUAAGUGUUAAUAAAGUAAUAACAUUUUGAAUUAAAAUUAAGUUACUGAAAUUUUGUUGAUGUGUUAAGAAAAUGCAUGCAAUUCCAGUAAAGGUGUGAGCUUCAUUGUUCCAGUGUUAUUAUAGUAUUCUCUAU